ACAAUUUUUUGAAGAUGAUAAUCAAGCAUUUCCCAUUUGCAUUGCUUUCCGGGUUUGCUCUUAUACUUUCAGUUCUUGCGGCUGAUGAUCAAACAGGCUUCAUUAGCUUGGACUGUGGGCUACCAGCAAGUUUAACCUACUCUGAGCCAGAUUUAGGCAUUCAGUACAUUUCAGAUGAACCCUUUAUUGACACCGGAGUAAGUAAAAGCAUUGCGCCGGAAUAUAUAGCUACACAUCAGCAGCAAGCAGCUCAUGUUCGAAGCUUUCCUCAAUGGACCAGAAACUGUUACAGAGUGAACAUUACAAGUGGCACUAAAUAUUUAAUCAGAGCAAGUUUUGUGUAUGGGAACUAUGAUGGGCUAAAUGAACUGCCUAAGUUUGAUCUGCACUUGGGACCUAGUUUCUGGGAUUCGAUCACACUAGCCGAUGCGGCUGCGAGUACCAUCAAAGAAGUCAUUCAUACUCCCUCAGUAGACUACAUUCAUGUAUGUCUUGUAAACACUGGCUCCGGAAUACCAUUCAUUUCAGCAUUGGAACUGAGGCCUUUGAAAAACAACACUUAUACAACCAAAAGUGGUUCACUGGCACUCGAGUAUCGCUUGGAUGUUGGUUCUAAAACCAAUCGAUCAUACAGGUAUAACUAUGACGUUUUUGAUCGACUCUGGUUGCCUUUCGACUUCAGUUUGUGGGGAGAGUUAAGUACCACAGUAGAUUCCAUAGUUCAAAAUAGCUACCAAAUGCCAUCUAUAGUAAUGAGUACUGCAGGAACUCCAUUGAACGCUAGUAACCCCAUGUAUAUCGGCUGGAACACGCCAGAUACAUCUUCUGAGUACUACGUUUACAUGCACUUUACUGAAAUCCAGAAGCUGAAAGCCAACGAGACCAGAUCAUUCAAUAUCACUCUGAACGACAAGCCUUUUUAUGGACCUCUUGUGCCAGAUAACUUGAGUACGAUCACUGUUUACAGCCCGGCAGCCUUAACAGGAGGGAAUUUUACAUUCUCACUCUUCAAAACUGAAAGUUCAACACUGCCACCAAUCCUCAAUGCCAUGGAGUACUACAGAGUCAUAGAUUUCUCACAGUCAGAAACUAAUGGAGACGAUGUGGUUGCAAUCACAAACAUAAAGUCAGCAUAUGGAAUUGAGAAAAAUUGGCAGGGAGAUCCAUGUGCUCCAAAAGAUUACAUCUGGGAAGGUCUAAACUGUAGCUCGGACGAUCCCCCAAGAAUCACAUCGUUGGACUUGUCCUCGAGUGGAUUGACAGGAGAGAUACCUUCAUAUAUAUCCAAUCUUGACAUGUUACAAUCUUUGGAUAUAUCUAACAACAGCUUCACUGGAUCAGUACCCGAAUUUCUGACUAAAUUGCCAAAACUGAAAUUCCUUAACUUGGAAAAGAACAAGCUCAAUGGUUCACUUCCAAGUAUGCUUAUAGAAAAAUCCACAAGUGGAUCCCUAUCGUUAAGGGUCGGAGAAAAUGAGAACUUAUGUGCAGCAAUUUCAUGCAAAAAGAAGAAAAAGAAUGUACUCAUUCCAAUAAUAGCAGCAGUUGGUGGAUUUGCUAUUCUGUUUGUAGCAUCAAUUGCUAUAUUUUUAAGCAUGAAAAGAAAAAGGAAACAAGUUGGAACAGCAGUUACAGAAUCAAACAUUCAAAUAGAUUCAUUCGAAAAUUUUGAGUCCAAAAAGAGACAAUUUACAUACUCAGAGGUGCUGAAGAUUACUAACAACUUUCAGAAAGUUCUUGGGAAAGGUGGAUUUGGAAUGGUUUACCAUGGCUAUGUAGAUGAUACUCAAGUAGCUGUGAAAGUACUUUCUCCCUCAUCAGUUCAAGGAUACCAACAAUUUCAAGCAGAGGUCAAACUACUUAUGAGAGUUCAUCACAGAAACUUGACUGGCCUUGUUGGAUAUUGCAAUGAAGGACCGAACAUGGCUCUCCUCUACGAAUAUAUGGCCAAUGGAGAUUUGGAAUCACAUAUCUUGGGUGAAGAUAGCAAUGCAAUCUUGAGUUGGGAAAGUAGACUUAGAAUAGCGGCUGAUGCAGCACAAGGACUGGAGUAUCUUCACAAUGGUUGUAAGCCACCUAUUAUCCACAGAGAUGUGAAGACAACAAAUAUUUUGUUAGCUGAAAACUUCCAAGCAAAGUUGGCUGAUUUUGGCCUAUCCAGAAUGUUCCCAACUGAUGAAGGCACUCAUAUGUCAACAGCUGUUGCUGGCACCCCUGGAUACCUUGAUCCUGAGUACCACAUAACAGGCUGGUUGAAUGAGAAGAGUGAUGUAUAUAGCUUUGGAGUUGCUCUCCUGCAGAUAAUAACUAGCCGACCUGUGAUAUCAAGAACAUCCCAAGUGAACAGUCAUGUAAGUCAAUGGGUUAGCUCCAUGCUUUCUACUGGAGAUAUCAAAAGUAUUGUUGAUCCUAAGUUACGAGGAGAUUUCGAAAUCAACUCUGCGUGGAAGGCUGUUGAGUUGGCAAGGGAUUGUAUGUCUGAUAUGUCAACUGCAAGGCCAAACAUGAGUGAGGUGGUGACAAGACUCAAAGAGUGCUUCGGAGCAGAGUUGGCUCGACUAAAUGAAAGUCGUGCGAGUGGAACAACUGAUUCAUCAAUUGUGUUCUCCAUGAAUUCUGGAUUUAGUCCUUCGGCGAGGUAAUUAAUUUGUUCAGAAAGUGGAUUCCACAAGAAGGGGACUUUCAUUUCCCCUCCAAGUUAUUUCAUUUAUCAAAUCAAUCUUGCAUAC